AUGUCAAUCGGCACGAUAUGGCCCAUUUUGUUUCUGUGGCACACCAAGAAUAAGACAGAGUGGCUUUGUUCCUGGGCUGAGGGAGGCGAGGCGCAGACGAUCGGCGUCUCCCUCAUGAUUGGCAUUUGCUCCCUCAUCAUUGGCAUCUGCUCCCUCAUAGCCACAUUUCCUGUCCUUGCUGCCUGCAAAUACGCACCAUUUCCUUCUCUUUCCUCUCCAGACUCUCCCACGAAUCGCCGGAUUUCCAACCAACUUUGGGUGUUGGACGUCACUUCAGCCGGGGCUCCCAUCAACGAAACAAAGCAACCACCCUUCUCCCACCCCCGCGCCAACAGGCCAACUAUCAUCGAACCUACGGAAGAACCCACCCUGAGAUCCAACUUGGUCACUAUCUCCCAUCCUCCCGAGCAUCCAUUCGACCCUGUCUUGCGUGCCGUCAUUACAGAGAUCGCCAACGCCAACGCCUGA